AUGCGGAAAAGCAUGCCGCCCUGUUCAGACUCCAGCUUUGACAAAAGCAUGGAGAUACUAAGUGAAAAUGUCAGUCGAAGGCACUUUACGAGGCAGUUGGCAAAGCCAAAAUCAAACCAGAAAAAAGAAGAAUAUAAAGAAGUCACCAGAACACUGAAGACCAGAGUUGAGGCAAAAGCUGCAGAACAUGUCCAUGAAGAAAACGGAGAUUUAGAGGUCCGCCGAAGCUGCAGACUUCAGCAAAGUCGUUACACCACUACAAAUCAGUCUGUUUUGUUUGACAAACUUAUAACAAAUACCGCAGAAGCCGUCUUGCAAAAGAUGGAUGACAUGGAGAAGAUGCGUAGACGGCGAAUGAUGGAAGACCUGGGGGUGUUCCACGACACAGACGAAAACCUCAGUAUGUACUCCCGAGGAAAGAAAGAAAUCCAAAGAGCUGACAAAGAAAUAGCUGAUAAUCAAGGGGGCAUUGUAGUAACUUCAUCUGAUGAAAGUGAAGAGAAAGAAGAUGAAGAUGGUGAGCACACUCGAAAGCGUUACUACUUUCGACAGAGGAAGACCGUGGAGCGCUACCAAGCGCCACUGGAGAAACCAAGACAGCGUAAGAUGUAUUUUCCAGGCCGGUCUUCACCUGUCAGACAGAGAUGUUCAUUUACAAGUGCUCAGCCACAAGGCUCUUGCUGCAAAAGUAAUAACAGGCGGAAACAUGCAGUCCACAGCAAUGAUUCCACAUCCUCUUCCUCCUCAUCUGAUGAUGAUGAAGAGCAUUUUGAGAGGCGUAGGAGGCAUAGCCAUAACAGAAAUCUAAGAAGGUGUCUGCCACUGAACUUCCGGACAGAUGAGUUAAAGGGAAUUCGCAAGGAUCGAAUGAAAAUUGGAGCAAGUUUGGCUGAUGUUGAUCCAAUGCAGAUCGAUUGUUCAGUACGAUUUGAUGCUGUGGGUGGUCUUUCUGACCACAUUUCAUCUUUAAAAGAGAUGGUUGUUUUUCCAUUGCUUUACCCAGAAUUCUUUGAGAGAUUCAAGAUUCAGCCUCCAAGAGGCUGUCUAUUCUAUGGUCCACCAGGGACUGGAAAAACACUGGUUGCUCGUGCACUUGCUAAUGAGUGUAGCCAGAGUGACAGGAGAAUAGCCUUCUUCAUGAGAAAAGGUGCUGACUGCCUGAGUAAAUGGGUGGGGGAAUCUGAACGACAGCUUCGUUUAUUAUUUGAUCAGGCCUACCAGAUGCGUCCUUCAAUCAUUUUCUUCGAUGAGAUAGAUGGUCUGGCUCCUGUGAGGUCCAGUAAACAAGACCAAAUUCACAGCUCUAUUGUGUCAACACUUCUGGCACUUAUGGAUGGCUUAGACAGCAGAGGAGAGAUUGUGGUCAUCGGAGCCACCAACAGGCUGGAUUCUAUAGAUCCAGCGUUACGAAGACCUGGCCGCUUCGAUCGAGAGUUCCUCUUCAGUCUGCCAAAUAAAGAGGCUAGAAAAGAGAUUCUCAAGAUUCACACUCGAGACUGGACCCCUAAGCCUCUGGACGCAUUUCUUGAAGAGCUGGCUGAAAAAUCUACUGGAUACUGUGGUGCUGAUAUUAAAUCCUUAUGUGCUGAAGCUGCGCUCUGUGCUUUGCGCCGCCGCUAUCCUCAGAUAUACAAAAGUAGUGAGAAACUGCAGUUAGAUAUCGGUUCUGUUACAAUAACAGCACAGGAUUUUGUCGUGGCUAUGCAGAAGACUGUUCCAGCUUCACAGAGGGCUGUGGCUUCACCUGGGCGAGCACUAUCACCUAUUGCAAAACCACUGUUUGAAAACACACUAGCAAGAAUUUUACAAGCCUUGCAGAGAGUAUUUCCCCAUGCAGAGCUUGCGCUAAAGGACCAACAGCAAGACAGCUUGAAUCAGACUUUAAGAAAUGAUAUGAUUGACAGUGAUGUGGAAUCACCACCGAUCUUUGAAGAGAAUCCCACUCAUAAAACGCCUGGUAGACAACAGGAAAAAUUCCUCAACUUUGGCAGAAAUGUUUAUUACCAGCCAACAUCUUGUAGGCCACGGUUCUUACUGGUGGGAGAGCCAGGAUAUGGGCAAACUUCUCAUUUGGCACCUGCAGUAAUACAUGCCCUGGAAAAGUUUCCAGUUUAUACACUAGACCUAUGUGUGUUGUUGGCAAGCAUCACCUCACCAGAAGAAAGAUGUGCACAGUUGAUACGAGAAGCUCAGAGAACAGCACCAAGUAUAAUUUAUAUCCCACAUAUCCACUCGUGGUGGGAGGCUGUUGGAGCUACGCUGAAAGCUACUUUUACAACACUACUGCAGAACAUUCCAACGUUUGCUCCGGUUUUGCUGCUUGCAACAUCUGACGUGCAUCACGUGGAUCUCCCAAAAGAGAUCAAAGACUUGUUUAAUGACAACCAUGAAGAAGUUUUCAAAAUCCAGUUGCCUGAUAGGGAAGAAAGAGGAAUGUUUUUUGAAGACUUAGUUGUAAAUCAAGUUGCUAAACCUCCGGCACCCAAACCCAGUGCAGCUUGGUGUCCACUGGAAGAACUGCCUCUAGCACCACCGCCUAAGCCUCGACAGCUGACAGAGGAGGAAAGAAGACAGCUGGAGGAGCAGGAGGAGGAUACAUUGCGUGAACUCAGGAUUUUCCUAAGGGAUGUGACUCACAGACUUGUCAUUGACAGACGUUUCAGAGCAUUUUCAAAGCCUGUUGACCCAGAGGAGGUAAAUUAG